AUGAAGCGGGCCGCCGCCACAUCGCAGUACCUACCGCGCCUUCACUACUCCAGCGGAUUCUAUCGUGGAUCGACGACGACGACGACGACGACGACGUCAUCAUCAUCGUGUCGGAGAAGCGUACGAGCAGCCACAUUACCACAUUUUCGUCGUCUCGAGACGAUUGUCGAGGAGGACCGACAGUACGCCGAGUCGGAGUUUCCCAUCGAGACCGCAUACAGCUACACGAUGAGACGUGUGCCAUAUUUGCCGCCACCACCACCGCCACCAACAACGCCAACGAUCACCACAUCAUCACCAUCGUCACCUUUUUCGCCGUUGCCGACGACGACGACGACGACGUGCGGCCUUCAGAAGAACAUCGACGACGUUCGACGAAAUGUCGAAGAGCUCGAGAAACGCCUUCUCCUUCUCAACAAUAUGUGUUAUAAUGCGUCGAGUCGCUGA